AUGAUAUAGAAAGUAACUUGAUUUAUUAAGUUGAAUAGAAACUCUAUAAGCGAGCAUUUUAACUUUUGGAUAAAUUUUCUAGUCAACGCAAAGAUUUGGAACUGAGUGAGAUGGUUAUGUUGAAUCGUAGGAUCAUAAAUUGCAUCAAUAAAACACUAAAAAAAGGACUGUUAAAACCAGAUAUCGAGUAAGAUAGGCCUGAAAUGAUGAUAUUAAUUGUUCAAAGAGGAACUCAGGCAAUAUUUGAAUUAUACAAAUACAUAAAUCUAUACAUCCAGAAGGUUAUGCCAAAUGAAAUGAAAGGAGUUGUGUAAUUAAAUUAAAUCUAUCGUUAGAUUAGAAGAGGUUUCGCAUCUUACGAGUUCUGAUGAAGAAGAAGAAGAAAGAAUAAAAGAACAUGAAGUUACUGUUCUAUUUUACAAGAUUAACGAAUAUGAAAAACCUAAAAAAGAGAGAACCAAAAAGUAAGCAAAGGAAGUCAACUUUUUUGAGUAAGAAGUAUCAGAGUCUAGUCGUAUUGCAAAUAUGAUAGUCAAAACAUUAAAACCACUCAACAUACAAUUCGAAUUAGAUCAAUACUUCUAUAAUUUAAUUGAAUUACUAUUAAUGGCAAGUUUGGUGUUUAAAAAAGCUAAUAAACCUAAAGUCGCUUAUUAUUACUUAUUGGAGGCUCAAAGAAUAGCUAAAUAAAUCCUUAAUACUUCAAAUCCAAAUCUAAUAAAUGCUUGUGCCAAAGCAAAGGUUUAUCUCGCCAAUUAUUACUUUGAAAUAAGUGAAUAUCAGGAAUCAUUAAAUAUUGCUGAAGAAGCCAUUGUAAUCUUAUGUGGAGAAAUGAGAAUUAGAAUAAAUUAAGAGAAAUUUGCAUAAAGGAAGUACAAAAACAGGGAGAGAAAAAGGAUGAAAAGAUGUGUUAUUACAACUUUGUCAGCUUUGGUUACUAUGAUGUGUAAUUAUGAAGCUCAAAAUAAUUAUCAUAGGAUUGUAGAGUCAUUAACAACAGCUAGUUGGUUAGCUGAAAAAUAUAUCCAGGGAAUAGAUGAGUUCAAGAAGCAUAUCAUCAAAUUGGCCAGUGAAGGGAAGCAUAGAGUCGAAUAGAAUCUCAAAGACUUGGCUGAUUUGAGUUUUAUAGCUGAAUCAACACUCGAUUCGGAGUUGAACAAGAUCAGGAAGAAACACAGGGACAAAUUGGAAUAAUCAGAAUCUCAAUAUCUCAAGAAAUUUAACAAUGAUAUGUAUCAUCUCUUUCAAAUCAAACCUCUGAAUUAAGAAUUGUAUAUAAAAACAUAGGUGAAGUAAGAACACAAAAUUAAUAAAUAAAUUGAUUAAAAAGUAAUCGAACAAUCAUAACCUCAUGGAACUGAUGCUUCAAUCAACAUAUUUGAUAGUGACUCAAAUAGCUAAGACAGCUUUUUCGAUGGGAGUUUUUUUGCUCCUUCAAUAGACAAUUUAUAAUUUGAUAAUGAUAUCUUCGAAAAGAAAAGAACAUAGUCAGUGGCCAAGAAGCCUAUUACAAACAACAGAAAGCUAUUGAAACUAAAUAGAAAAUUAGGGAAAUCAGUUGGUUUGAUUAAAAUCGGUUUAGAAAGGCCAUUGGAUCACAAAUCUAAAAUUUUAACCACUAAUCAGUAUUUCAAUGAGUUUCAGAAGCCCAAAAAGCAAGAAGAGAGGAGUGUAAGUAAUGCAGGGAGGUUAUUGAAAAGACAGUUAGAAAAUAUAGAAUAUAGGGAGCAUCCAGAUAGAGACGAACAUCAUAAAUAAGAUUUGGAUGUCUAUGUUAAUAAGAUGGUUACUGGGAAGAUUGAAACGAAUGAAUUUCAGGAUUAUAAUGACAUUCUCGGAUAGUUAUUUAAUCUAAGGAAGAAGGAGGACUUUGAUAAGAAGGAAUUCUAUUUUGGUAGGAAAAUGCUAAAUUUGAAGGCCAAGGAGGAGAUCAUGUUCUAUAAGUAGUCGUUCAAUUCACCACCAGUAAAGGUGGAGAUAGACACAAAGGUUAGGGAUUAAGCACACAUUAUAGAUGGUAAAAUAACAGCAGAGAAAGAGUUGAAGGAAUUAAAAAGGAAGAAGAUUGACAAGAUGGUGGCAGGCAAAAAGAUAGUAUAAACAAAUGUGAAUAUAGAUUUGAAGGACGAGGAGGAGACUAUUUAUUUGAGAAAGGUCUUAGAAAAAAGUAAGAAGAAGAAACUAAAGGAUUUUAUUUAUAAACAUCGAGAGGCUUUGGGUUUAUCAAAGUUUUUUGCAAAUUUGCAUAGAGAACAGAAGGAAAAGGAAAGGAUAUAAAAAUUGAAGUCAGCUUUUGAGAAGGAAACUUUAGUGGAAGUUAAUGAAAAUUAGAAUGUGCAACAGCCGCCCACUAAGCAUAGAAAAAAUGUUAGGAUUUUCGUAUAAGAGGUUGAUAAGAAAUCUCUCAAUCAUUAAUUGUCUCUGUAGCCCUCUCAGGGUCGAAGUUCUCUACUCGGAUUGGAUGAUACCAAAGUAUAAUCAACUCAGAAUCUUGCUCAAUAAAAAUCGAGUUCAAUUCCGAAGCCAAUUUUAAAGAAGCAGCCUGAAACCUAAAAAAGUUCGUAAGUGAGUCAAUCUAUUACUAAUCUCGAGGCAUAAGGAACAGAUUUGAUCUUACAAUAGGAGAAACAAUAAAAGGCGUAGAAAUAGAUACGAGAUCAGAUUGAUAAACAAUAAAAGAAAUCUCAUCAAGUGAUCGGUAUGAUAAUAGAUGGAGUGGAAAGGAAAAUGGACAUUGAGAAUAAGGAACUGAGCAAGAUGUUGUUCAAACAGAAGGGAGGGUAGAAAUAAUAUAUAGAUGAUGAUGAGAAAACUUAUUUGAAAUUUACACCGAAGUUUUCAGAUAUGAGCAGAUCAACUUAUCUGAUGUAUAUUAAGAAAGAGUUGGCUGAAAGAUAAUUGUUCAGUUUAGAAGAUAGCUAACCUCCAAGAAUGGCGAUGCCAAAAAAAAAUCAAUUGGCAGAUAUGGCUCAAAUGUUUAAAGAAUUCGGAUAACAUUAAUGA